AUGCCUACAUCCACCAAUAUAAUCAACGAGGUCAAUAUGGUUGACGUAAAGCAAAAAAAGGAAAAGAAGACAAGCGCUGCCGAUAAUGUCCUUACGGAUGAGAAGAGUCUGCUCAAGAAGUCCAAGCAAUCGACUGAUAUGAAUGGUUCAGAAGUCAAUGGCAUCAAGGCCAAAAAAGAUAAAAAAGAAAAAAAGGAAAAGGACUCGAAUGGAAAGUCCAAGGAUAGCAAGCGUAAGCGGUCGAGCAGUGAUGAGGAUUCAUCCAAACCCACUGCAGAUGAUGACAAAGCUACAAAGCUGCGCAAGGUUUCUAAAAACGACGACGAAGCUACCAAGGAGUCGGCUGUUAUUGUUGAGGACCAACAUAUUGAUGAUUAUAAAUCUUCUACCAAAAAAGAAGAAUCCGAUAUCCCAGUCAAUUUGCGUCUAUCCUCCCAUAACCUUUCUUUGUCGACCAUUGAAUCGCUCAAGGCUCGUGGAAUCGUGCAACUUUUCCCUAUUCAGGCUGCAUCAUUUGAUCCCAUUAUCAAGGGCAUGGAUCUUCUUGGCCGUGCUCGUACUGGUACCGGAAAGACGCUUGCCUUUUCUCUUCCAAUGAUUGAGGUUUUGAAACGCGAGCGUGAGAGUAAUCGACACCUUUUCAGCCAGAGAGGACGAGCUCCUCGUGUUCUUAUCAUGGCUCCCACACGUGAGUUGGCUAUGCAAGUUCACCGUGAGUUUGAUAGUAUUUCCUCUGGUGAGCUCAAGUCUACCUGCGCUUAUGGUGGCUCUCCAUACGAUUCCCAAUGCAAUGCUAUGCGUGAUGGUAUUGAUGUGAUUGUUGGUACACCUGGUCGUCUAAUUGAUCAUAUUGAACGUGGAACUCUCAAGCUCAAUCAACUGCGCUUUAUUUGUCUCGACGAGGCUGAUCAAAUGUUGGACAUUGGAUUUGCUGAAUCCAUGGAAAAGAUUUUGCAGCAAGUUCAAGAGCAAAAGUCUAAACUAACAGAUGCUCCUGAUCACCAAGUUCUUUUGUUCAGUGCCACUAUGCCUGUUUGGAUCAAGCAAGCCGUGUCUAAAUAUAUGAAACCCAACAAAGUGACCCUUGAUCUGAUUGGUACUGACAAGCAAAAAACAUCUGCUACUGUCAAGCAUUACGCUAUUGCUUCUCACUGGCAAAAUAGAUCCGCUCUUCUUGGUGACAUUGUGGCCAUUUAUGGUCGUGGCGGCGCUGGUCGCACCAUUAUUUUUGUAGAAACUAAGGGUGAGGCCAACGAGCUUGCCAUGAACGAUAAGCUGGUUACUAUGGGAACUCAAGUUCUCCAUGGUGAUAUUCAGCAGAAGCAGCGUGAGGUCACAAUGCAGGGUUUCAGAGAAGGCAAGUUCACCUCUCUCAUUACCACCAACGUCUGUGCACGUGGUGUUGAUAUUCCCGAGGUGGAUCUUGUCAUCAACUGUGAACCCCCCUCAGAUGUGGAAUCAUACAUUCAUAGAUCUGGACGUACCGGACGUGCUGGAAAGUCGGGUAUAUGUGUUACCUUUUACAAACCCAACCAAGAGUAUGCUCUACAGAAUAUUGCUCGCCAUGCCGGCGUUAAUUUCAUCAAGAUUGGUGCACCUCAACCAAAAGAUAUUGUUGCUGCUCGUGCCUCUGACACGCUCGAGACUGUCAAGACCGACUUGGAUGAGCGAGUUCUUGAAUAUUUUACCAAUUGCGCAGGAGAUAUUCUUGAGCAUUUCCAGGGCGAUGCAAUAAAGGCACUUUCUGCUACAUUAGCAGUUUUGUGCAACACUACGAAACCAUUGGCAACCCGCUCAAUCCUUUCUGCUAAUGAAGGAUUCAUCACAUUGCUGUUUACCGUCGAUAGCCCCAUCCAAAAUGUUGGCUAUAUCAAAUCAAUUAUCCAGCGCAACCAUUCCGAUGUUAAAUAUGAGGACGUUGUUGGAUGGCGCAUGACCAACGACUCUAUGGGUGUUGUUGUUGAUGUGAUUGCCGAAAAGAUUCAAGUGAUCGAUAACGGAUCUGGUAUUCCACCUACAAUUAAACUUGGCAGCAAUAUUUGGAGUGAUGGACGCGGUGUUUCGCUUACAAUCCCUACUGAAUUGCCAGAAAUGCAAGAUCGUCCUAACUACGGUAAUAGUAACGGCCGAGGUGGAUUUGGAGGUCGCAGUGGUGGAUCUCGUGGGGGUUCAUAUGGCGGCGGUGGCCGUGGAGGCUCAUAUGGUGGAUCUCGUGGAGGUUCAUAUGGCGGCGGUGGCCGUGGAGGCUCAUAUGGUGGUGGUCGUGGAGGAGGCCGAGGCGGAUACAGCCGUUAAAUUGACUUGAUUGCAUUCUACAUUCAUAUUCACGUAAAACGAAACACUUUUCUGUAUUUAUCUUGCAGUGACCUUUCUUUGCUCAGAAUAAACAAUGAUUAAAUAUUCGUUGC